AUGACAGAGUUUUGUAAAGAAUAUAACAUCAAACAUAUCCUUUGUGCUAUUGCUUGCCCUAGAAGCAAUGGUCAGGUAGAACGUUUCAAUGACACAAUUUUAAAUGCUAUGUCAGCUGCGGUAGGUGAAGACCAAGACGCAUGGGAAAGUAAGAUUAUUGAAGUUCAGAGCGGUAUUAAUGGAACAAUAAACGCAACAACCGGUACAACUCCUUCUGAAUUGCUUUACGGUUACAGACCUAGACUUAAAUUUGAUGUUGUUUUAAAUAAUAACCAGGCAGAUAGGCAGGGUAAAUUGAAAUGUGCGCGAGAUCAAGCUGUCGCUAACAUAAAUAAAAGUGAACAGCGUAUGAAGCAGCGUUAUGAUAAAAAUAGACUUGACGCAAUCAGUUAUAAUGUUGAAGACAAGGUCCUUGUUCGAAGAACUCCUCUAGUAAAAGGACUGACCAGUGGCAAACUUGUACAGAAGUAUAUGGGUCCAGUUGUGGUGACUCACGUCCUUGGCCAGUGGCGAAACUAUAGGGUGGCAGGGCUGGCAAAAUGCCACGGGCCCCGGCCCAAGAGGCCGCGAGCUCAGAAAUAA